GUUCUUGCCCUUUAUGACAAAAAAUAAGCGAUCAGAUCAGAACCUCUGCAGUUUUGCAAUUAAUGUUUUCGGAUUGUAAGAUGAAUGGGUAGAGAGAAAGAGAGAGCGAGCGAACGAAAGAGGGAGACAGGCGACACAUCCAGACAGCCGCGUCACACGCGCUCCGUCUCCCAGCCCUGCCCAGCCCGCACACGCACGCGGGGUGCGAGAGCACACUCACUGGCUGUGCGUAUGUGGGGCUUCGGCAUCGCAGGGCUCAACUGACAGAUUUGCACCGCUGCGUAUUUCUUACUGGGUAGGAGCAGGAUUACUUGGGCAUGUGAAAACGACGACAGAAGAAUGAAAAUGCUUCGAUUUCGCAGUUCAAGCAUCCGAUCGUUAAACCAGGAGAUUAGGUGCACCAUCAGGCUGCUGGAUGAUUCGGAAAUCUCGUGCUGUAUACAGAGAGAAACCAAGGGCCAGUUUCUCCUAGACCACAUCUGCAAUCACUACAGCCUAUUAGAGAAAGAUUAUUUUGGCAUCAGAUAUGUUGACCCAGAAAAGCAACGGCACUGGCUGGAGUCCAACAAACCAGUUCUAAAGCAAAUGAAAUCGAAUCCACCAUAUACUAUGUGCUUUAGAGUGAAAUUCUACCCGCAUGAGCCCAUGAAGAUUAAAGAAGAACUUACCAGAUAUCUGUUGUAUUUACAACUGAAGAGAGAUAUUUUUCAUGGCCGCCUUCUGUGUUCCUUUUCUGAUGCUGCCUACUUAGGGGCCUGCAUUAUUCAAGCUGAACUGGGGGAUUAUGAUCCAGAUGAGCACCCAGAAGAUUAUGUUGCUGAAUUCAAACUAUUCCCAAAGCAGUCACCAAAGUUGGAAAGGAAAAUUGGAGAAAUUCAUAAAACUGAACUCAGAGGCCAAAGUCCAGCUGCUGCUGAAUUCAAUCUUCUACAGAAAGCACAUGCUUUAGAAACCUAUGGGGUUGACCCCCACCCAUGCAAGGAUUUCACUGGGUCCACGGCUUUCCUGGGUUUCACAGCCACUGGAUUUGUGGUUUUCCAAGGAAAUAAAAGAAUUCAUCUUUUAAAAUGGGCUGAUGUCAGCAAACUGAAGUUUGAAGGAAAGACAUUUUAUGUGAUAGGCAUUCAAAAAGAGAAGAAACUAGUGCUGACUUUCCAUACCUCCACACCAGCUGCAUGCAAACAUCUUUGGAAGUGUGGGGUAGAAAACCAAGCAUUCUACAAGUGUGCAAAGUCCAGCCAGGUUAAGACUGUAUCCAGCAGUAAUAUAUUUUUUAAAGGUAGUCGCUUCAGGUACAGCGGUAGAGUAGCCAAGGAAGUGAUUGACGCCAGCUCAAAAAUUCAGAGGGACCCGCCAGAAGUGCACAGAUCUACCAUUGGCCAGAGUAAAAGUUUUACCUCUCUCCACAAGCAGCUCAUCAUCAAUGUUGAACCCCUGCUCCCAGCACUGCCUUCACAAAAUGAUAUAGAAGAGAUUGUUCUUGAAAAUGAAAUUCAAGGUCGGGUGGAUUUCAUGAAGAGAAGACCGCCUCAUGCAGACCAACAAUUAUACAGCAGUAAUUUGGACAAGAUGAGGAGAAAAGUUGGAGCUGUUUAUAAAUACAUGCAGAUAUUCAGUACAAGUUUGCUGGCACUGCGGGACACUGUGCACCUCACCCCACGUAAACAGACUCCAUCAGAAACAGACCCUGGAGAGGAGCCUGAAAGCAUAACUCCCGAAGUAUGUGUUGAAGACAAACAGGAAGAGGAGGAAGAUGAAGCCCUUACAAUCUCGGAGCUCAUGUACAACCCUUGUUCAAGUGUCAUGCCCACACCAGUAGAAGAUGGAGGCAUUGAUCUGCUUUUUGACAAUCCAGUUAAGCCAGGAAAGGACAUGGAUCCUGAUAGGGAUUCAUUUGAAGAAUUGGAGGCAGACGAGAGAGCAUUCUUAGUUGCAGAGGAGGAAGAAAUGCAAGAGGUAAGAUGGUUGCUGGGCCAAAGUUAUGAGCUUCUCACUGGCAACAAGCAACUGAACGCCUUUGUACGUAGCUUCAUCCAGCUGUUGGCUGUGGGACUCGGACUGUUGUUGCUGGUUGUACCACUCCUCCUGGUACUUUUGGAAUCAGACAUUGAUAUUUCCUUCCUCCAUGAGAUUCGUCAGACUCCUGAAUUUGAGCAAUUCCAUUAUGAGUACUACUGCCCCCUCCGCCAGUGGGUGACUUGUAAAAUAAGCUACAUUCUGGAAACAAUGGGAGCAUCCUGAAGUUAAUGACGGUAAAGGUCUUACCCUGACUAAUGUUAAGCAUCAAAAAGAGAGUUGCUUUCAAUUACUUGCAAGGUUGUAUUGAUUGAUAAAUAUUCGGUAGUGGCUUUACUAUAUCACAGAGCAGCUAGAAUUUGUGUGAUUAAAUUCUAAUGUGUAUGGGUUAUGAAUGAGCCAGUAGGUUUGGUAGAUUUAUUGUCAGCCUCAUAAUGACUGAUAUUUAUGUUUAUGCACAUUAAAGGUGAAUAAGAGUUUACAGAUCAGCUAACCAUAUGAAGAUACUGGUUGCAGGAUACAAUAUAAACUGAAAAAUGUAUAAGUAUGAGUAACAUGGUGACAGGUGGGUUUGAAACCUUGGCCCAGUCACUGUGUAAGUAGAGUUUGCACUAUCCUAUCAAAUCUCUGUGUGUUUUUCUAUGGGUAGUCAAGUAUUUUCUUACCCCAAGAAUACACAAGUAACAUUAAUUGACAUCUCUAAACUGGACCCUUAUGAGUAAGUAAAUUUAGAAA